AAGGUAGCUGUUCCAGUGAUUGACUGCAACCAGCUCUCUGAUUCAAGCGCUCACAGUAACAGGACAAAGUCAGGCCUCAAAGUGAUUGGCUGCGAUGAAAUCCUCCUGGCAUUGUGGGGAAGUCUACAGGGCUGGUCUAGCUCUUGGAGCAGAGCGAGGAGGAGGGAGCAGCUAAAUACUGGCACAUCUCUGCAGUCUGCAAGAGCUGAGAGUGUGAGAGAGAGAGAGAGCGUGAGUGCAUGUGUGAGUGCAUGUGUAUGUGUGUGUGUGUAGUGUAUUAAUGAGCGCACUACAUGAGGCGAUAGCUAGCAUCUGAUGUAGAUAAGGACAGCCUGCAGCAAGUCAAGGAGAAAGAGAGGGAGAGAUUGCCAAAAACUCUCCCUGUUCUAAUACCCCUCACCUUGGACAGUGGGUCCUGUUGCAAAGCCAGUUAUAUGCCCACCUGACCCAACUCUGGCACCUCGAAAUAGACAGCGAGACAGGAAAGCAGCAACAGGAGGAGGUGGUGGCUAUUGCUCUUAUCUUUCCUGUCCUUUUCGAUCAAGAGCCCGUGAGUGGGAGGGUGAGACGGGCACCCCCGCACCUCACGUCGACAGCGGGCGUACAGUUGGCAGGGGCAUACCGACCAUGCCAAAGGUCCUGGGCGCCAUCAUGGGGUUGCUGCUAGCCAGCUUCCUGGGGGCCAGCUCGGGGGCCAGCGCCGAGGAAUAUGAGUACUACGGCUGGCAGUCGGACCACCUCCAGGGAGGGCGCUUCUACACCAAGCAGCCGCAGUGUGUGGACAUCCCGAGCGACCUGCGCCUCUGCCACAACAUCGGCUACCGCAAGAUGCGUGUACCCAACCUACUGGAGCAUGACACCCUGCCUGAGAUCAAGCAGCAGGCCAGCAGCUGGGUGCCCUUGCUGGCCAAGAGGUGCCACCCCGACACCCAGAUCUUCCUCUGCUCCCUCUUCGCCCCUAUCUGCCUGGACCGGCCCAUUUACCCAUGCCACUCGCUGUGCCAGGCUGUACGGGAUGGUUGCUCACCCGUCAUGGAGUCCUUCGGCUUCCCCUGGCCGGAGAUGCUCAAGUGCGACCGCUUCCCGCUCGACAACGACCUCUGCGUGUCGCUCCAGUCGCCAGGCAACCCAGCGACUCAACCCCCAGCAGAAAUGUUUGCCAUGCUGCAAGUUCCACAGAAUCUUCCAGCACAGAAUGAGGCCAUUCAGUCCAUCGGGCUUAUGCAGGGUCUCUUUCAAGAAGUUGCACUUCCUGGUUUCCUUCAAGAAGAGUUAAGUUCCCAACUGCCAAAACCACCCAAGAACACUGGAGUCUGGCUUUCACCAGCUAUUCCUGACAUUGGCAAGCAAUCAUUCAUGGAUGCAAACAUCUGGCAUGAGACAGAACACAACACUCUCAAACACUGUGGAAAGAGGAACUCCCCCUGUUACUGGGGCUGUUCUGACAGAGACAGCUAUGAGGAACAGACUGAUAGCUCACAGAUCUUCUGUGAAGUAAUAACAGUACCUUGA